AUGAGAGCCAGUCAGUUUUCUGCGAUACCAUUGGUACUAGGCGGUCUAGCCAAUGCCUUCACUUAUGAGAGACUGAAUAAAAAUGAUACGCUGCUCCUCAUUCUUGAUAUGCAGGAAGGACUCAUCAGCCUGGCCCGUGAUUAUGAUCCUACCGUCUUUCGAAACGCCUUGUACGCUCAUGCGGCGCUCGGCAAGGCAUUCGAUUUGCCGGUGGUCAUGACUUCCUCGUCCCAGUCUGGUCCGAACGGCCCGCUACCAGACGAAUUCCUCGAAUGGUACCCGGAUGCACCGCUGAUAAUGCGCCAGGGUGAAGUGGACGCAUGGGAUAACCCCCAGUUCAGGGAGGCUGUCAUCGCGGCGAACAAGUCCCAGAUCAUCAUUGGAGGGAUCACUACUGACGUCUGCACGACGUUUUUAGCGCUCUCUCUGCGUGAAGCUGGAUACGCCGUGUUCGCGAACCACGAGGCGUCGGGAACCACUAGCGUAGACAUCCGAGAGAACGCGAAUGAGCGUAUGAGGGCUGCUGGCGUCCAGGUACUUUCGUACUUUGCCAUCUUCGGCGAGCUGAUGCGCGAUUGGCGGAAUGUGCCCGGCGCCGAGCAGUUGAUGCCCGUCCUUGAUCAAUACUAUCCGGCGUAUGGUAUGGUCGCUAGGGCUCACAGAGCCGCCGUCAAUAACGGUACUGUACUUCCAGGCGAGGAUAUUCUGCCUUGA